AUGCUGAAGUGGGCUGUCAACCAGCCGCGCGUAUCCUACCUGGAGGCUCAACCAGAUCGGGAUGCAGCUGGAGGCCAUGUCAUAAGCAGCUACAGCGAUUUCCAACCAACUGCCACGCCCACCCCGAUAGCCGCCUCUCGAACGAAACUGAAUCUGAAUGCGAAUGCGAAGCGACACUCGCUGCUCCACAUCCAGAUGCAGGCGGGCGGCAAGGAGAAUCAUGCUCCUGCUCCACGCUGCACUCCGCUGCUGAGAGAUCUGAGCAACAUCCUCUCCCCCCUGCACACGCCUCCUCUGAAGAGAACUGCCUAUGCGUGCACGCUGCCCACCUUCGAGGCGGAGUACUCGCCCGGGCAGAGGGACAACAAGGAUCAGGCGGACAGCCAAAGGGACACGCAGGACAACAGGAUCAUUCCCGGAGCGUUGCUGGCACUGCGAGGCAUGGGCAUCCCGGACAGCUACUUCGAGAAGCCGCGCUACCUCCAGCCAGCUGCCGCUAGCGCUUCUGCGGCUGCCCCUCCUCCCCCAUCGGCUGCUCCUGUUUCGGACCAGGCGACGCUCAGCUCCAGCCAGAUGGGCGAUGUCACCUUGGAGCGCAUGAUCGAUGCGAUCUUGGAAAGCACGCGCAAGCCGCCCGCUGCAGCUCUUCGUCCUCGCUCUCGUGCUCUCCCCCAUCCUCAUCCUCAUGCUCAUUCCCGUUCCCGUUCCCGUUCCCGCCUUCGCCACAUCUCUCGCUCCCACGCCCGUCCAGCUCCACUCCCGCUCGUCUCCACAAGUCACUCGCCCACCUACCGACCCGCCUUCGAUCCAGCCAGCGAUCUGCGCGAGUAUUGGCAGCCACCCACCCAUCCGGAUGCCUACGAGGAGAGGGAAGUGCGCAGUCCACAGGUGGGAUCGGGAGAGGCGUCUCUAUCUCUGGUGGGCAAGCGACGCUCGCUUCAGCAGCUGCGCAGGCAGCGCGUGGUGCGGCGCAAGCGGAAGAUCACAACGAAGAUCUCGUCGAGCGUGCGCCACUCGGCGCAAAAGCUCCUCGCCGCUGCCGCCCGAUCUGCCCACAAGCUGCCCCACCCACAUGCCCACUUCCGAGCUCCCGGCCAGAGGCACAUCAGCCCCGACAGCGGACACAACUCCACCAGCGACUGCGAACUGGAAAUGGAGAUGGAGCUGGAGCUGGGCGAGGAGCUAGAGGCCUCUUGCCAGCUGGAAGGCAUUUGGCUGCGCUCAGACGUCAGAGAUGGGACCAAGCGGCGUCUCAGCUUCUCGCUGAACGAACGCAGCUGAGGAAACACAUGCAUAUAUACCCUAGGGACACAUCUGACACGUUAUCAUAUUUUUUUUCUUA